AUGUCGGACGAAGAACACCAUUUUGAGUCAAAGGCAGAUGCUGGUGCCUCAAAAACUUACCCACAGCAAGCUGGAACCAUCCGUAAGAAUGGUUACAUCGUUAUCAAAGGCCGUCCCUGCAAGGUUGUUGAGGUCUCCACUUCAAAAACUGGAAAGCACGGACAUGCUAAAUGUCACUUUGUGGCAAUUGACAUUUUCAAUGGAAAGAAACUCGAAGAUAUCGUUCCAUCCUCCCACAAUUGUGACGUGCCACAUGUCAACCGUACCGACUAUCAGCUGAUUGACAUCUCUGAAGAUGGUUUUGUCUCCCUUCUUACUGAAAGUGGAAACACCAAGGAUGACCUCCGGCUUCCCACCGAUGAAAGUCUGCUGAAGCAGGUUAAAGAUGGGUUCCAGGAAGGAAAGGAUCUCGUGGUGUCUGUUAUGUCUGCGAUGGGCGAAGAGCAGAUUAAUGCCAUUAAGGAUAUUGGUACCAAGAAUUAG